AUGGUGAAUCACUUCAUUGCGCUGUUUGAUGUGUGGAUCGAUGCGAACACAUCAGACCUAGUCCGAGUUGAUGUUCGUUCAUCUUCAGUAACAGCAAAUCUUUGCGAUGCACGUUACCAUAUUCAUCGUCCGACUAGGGUAUUCGAAUUAUGGAAAGAUGCUCUGUGCAUCAAUCGUGGGGAUAACAAAAACGGUUUGUCUCAAGUGGUUAUGAUGAUGAAAAUCUACGGAGCUCCUUCUCGGGCUGCGAUGUAUCUCGGGACUCCCUUGCCAGAGGAAGGUUGGCCAACUCCCCGGGAUGGUUUACCACGAGCGUCUCUCUAUCUUGAAGCACCUCUGACAAUAAGUCUCAAAGAUAUAUCGAGUGUUGUAUUGUCAUGGAAUGGGCUUGUUAAUGAUCUAUACGGUUACUGUAUGCUUUGA